UUCCGUUAUCUUUCCUCUUCGAAUGGAACCGGUCGAUCGCACCCCUCUCUCCGCCGCUUCCCUGCGUUGCCUUCUUUCUCACACAGACUAGGUCUCACCCUCAUCUCAGUUCUCGUUCUGAGCUCGCUUCGCAAUUGUCGUCGUCCGCUCUCCUCCACCUUGUUUCCCUCUGUCUAAUCCACAGUCAAUUGUCGAGUCGAGUCUCCCUCCCGUCCCUUCUUCACAGUCGAGUGUCUAUUGCAGCUCCAAGCGUACAACUGUGCAGAGUGCAGUUGAUAUUCUGUUUAAAUCUCACCAAAUCGAGGGCAGAGAAGUUGACAAUUUAUCUGAAUCUUUUGGUGGAGUCAUCUGCUGGAGUGAGAUUCUCAUACGCAUAUACGAGCUCUGAUAUCAAAGAUUCUGGUGACAAAGAACAAGUGUAUCAUCUGAUGCUUCCUCAUCUACCAAUCUCCACCUCACAACCAAAAUUACUUAUCUAUGUUCUACCAUAUUAAGGUACUCUAGUUUCUCAUCACACUGCUUUCAAGUUUUCCUUAAUACAAAUAUAUAUAUAUAGAGAGAUUGUUUCCAACAACAAAGUUUCAGCUUUGAAUCCAUCAAUGGCCACUAAGAUCCUCCGCAUUAGGAAUGUUAUUCAGCGCUUUGUGUUAUCCUCAAAACCAAUCCCCACUCAUCCAAAUGAGAGAUUUCAUUUCCUGUCCACAAUGCCUGGUUCCUCAAAUGGAUCCCUGUACAGGAAACAGAUUUCCCUUGCUAAUCUCUUCCAAAGGUAUGGUUUCCCUCCAUCCCAGCUUCAUAGUUUCAUCAGUACAAAUCGCUUUCUUUUGGGUUCCAAUUUAGAUGACAUUGAGAAGUCCCUUGGUGUUCUUUUAUCCUUCAAAAUCCCACAAAAAUUUGUUGUUUCUUUGAUUGCUGAAUGCCCUGGGGUUUUGGACUUGGAAUUUUUGAAGAAAUGGGAAAUGGGUUUUUCAAAAUCUGGGAAUUUGAGCAUUUCCCCAAUGAUGAUAAAGAGUGUUCUGGCGUAUGCUAAAAGGUUCCAGAUUGAUCCAGAUGGAUUUAAUAAGAGUGUGAGUGUUUUGAAGGGUAUUGGUUUUAGUGAAAGUACUGUGGGGAAGGUGCUAGAGGGUUUUCCUGGAGCAAUUACAAUGAAGAAAAGUGAAAUGCACAGGAGAAUUGAGUUCUUAAUGCAAAUUGGAAUCCAAAGGAGUGAGGUCGAUUGGAUUUUCAAUUCCUAUCCUGAGGCUUUAGGAUUUGCAAUUGAAAAUAGGCUGAUGCCAUUGGUUGAUGAGUUUGAGGGUUUGGGUUUAAGCAAAGAGCUUAUUAGGAAAGAGAUUAUUAGGGAGCCGCGAUUUCUUGGUAUGGAAUUAGGUGAACUUGCUAGGUGUUUGGAAUUGCUUAGUUCUUUGAAAUGUCGAAUGCCAAUCAAACUGAAGAUUUUUAGUGAUGGAGCAUUUAGAGCUGGGUUUGAAGUAAAGCAAAGAAUUGAUUGCUUAUGUAAACAUGGUUUGAUUCGCAGAGAAGCUUUUAAGGUUUUAUGGAUAGAACCAAGGGUGAUUAUUUAUGAUGUAGAGGACAUUGAAAAGAAGAUUGAGUUUUUAGUGAACACAAUGAAAUUUAAUGUUGGUUGCUUGGUUGAAGUUCCUGAGUAUUUGGGAGUGAGUUUUGAGAAACAGAUUGUUCCUCGCAACAAUGUGAUCGAGUAUUUACGUGCAAGAGGAGGACUUGGUGAUGAGGUAGGACUGAAAGGUAUGAUAAAGUUAAGCAGGCUUAAAUUUUAUAAUCUAUAUGUCAAGCCAUAUCCAGAGUGUGAAAAAAUGUUUGGGAGGUUUUCAGGAGAUGUUCAUGUUAAAAGACAACAUCAUCCUACUGGGCUAUGGAAAAUGUUUAAAGCACAAAUGCAUCCAGAGUCUGAAGAAGAUGUGAAAAAUAUGAAGUCCUUCAUGGAAGGCCUUGUUUAGUGAAGAUGAGUGAUCAUAAUGAUUCUGUACCAAUGCAGUUUAAAUGAUCCUCAUUUGUCAUGGGAUUGUGCUGUUAUGAUCUUUAAAAUGAACAGUUGUUAGCAGCUAUUGUUCUUCUGAUGCAGUCUAAAGAAUGGCCUUGUUAAUGCAACAUGUGAAAUUAUACUGGAUUACUGUGGCAUUUGCCUUUAAGGGUGUCUGGAGAAUGAAAGAGACAUUGCAGUUUAUUGGUAGAAUGGUAGUUAUCUAAGUGCCAGUAAAUUAUCUAUGGAGGAGAAGCCAGAUGGUCGCAUUAUUUUCACAUCAAGGGAUUCAUGAAAGUUGUACGCUACAAGCUUGUACAGCAGGCAGUGAAGUUGAAGUUCCACAACUCCGCGACGCUUUGUGGCAAUUCCAAAGUUGUUUUUGGCCGUUAAUGGAGAGGCUUUUCAUGGGUGUCAUCUGCAUAUUCUGAAAAAAUUGCAAGGUGAGGAAUCAAUGGAGACAACAAACCAAGCCAGAUUACAUAUGCACUCUUCUUGUGGAGGCUAAUCUUCACUAACAUGGUAUCCAAAUUUCAUUGCAUUCUUUUGUCAAAACUGUUAUAUACAUAAUGUAUGACUUACAAACCUUAAAAUUAAAGUAUCCCUUCCUAUGAA